AUGUCUCAAAAACUUUUAGCUUUUCCCAGGCUAAACUACAUCUCGAAUUUUAAUUUUUUUUAUAAGAAUACUACAAAGAAUUUAAUACUAGAUCAAAAUUUUAUUGGGAACCUUUAUUUAACAUCGACAUGUCGCAAGCUUGUUACUGUACCAAGUAACAGAAAUAUUGUGACGACCUCAAGCAAUUUAAAAGAAAAUGGUUCGAGUUCAAUAUUGGAAAACGUCGCUACGAAAGUUUUAAAUUGUCAGGAACCUGAAGCAAAACUGUCACAAAAGAUCGAUACCAACAAAGAAAGCAGCAACAAGAUUGAAAACACGCAUAUUCCGUUUAAAGUUGUGCCUAAAGAACUUGGGAAACCCUCUUCCACGGCUGCAACAACUAGUAGUAAGAGUAGAACUAACUUGCGCACGAUAAUUCAACCAUAUGUCAAGUUAACCAAGCCAAAUUUGACCGUUUUGGUGACGCUUAGUUCCAUAUGUUCGUAUGCAAUUUCACCUUACACCGUUUCUUUGCCUGAGCUUUUGUUCCUCACUGUGGGUACUGCUUUAUGUUCUGGGGCAGCAAACGCUAUAAAUAUGGGAAGAGAACCAGAAUUUGAUAAAAAAAUGCCCAGAACUGUGGGGAGGCCUGUUGUCCGUGGAUUAAUAAGUCCUAAACAAGCUUAUCAAUUUGCUGGAAUCACCGGUUCAUUGGGAUGCACUAUGUUGUUUCUUGGUGUAAAUCCCACAGUCUCCUUUUUAGGCUUUCUAAAUAUUGUAUUAUAUGCUUGGAUUUACACAUCAUUGAAAAGAAAGUCUAUUAUCAAUACAUGGGUAGGUGCAAUCGUUGGUGCAAUUCCACCCUUGAUGGGAUGGGCGGCAUCAUCUCCAUUAGAUCACCCUGGUGCUUGGUGUUUAGCAGGCUUGCUUUACGCCUGGCAAUUUCCCCAUUUUAAUGCCUUAUCUCAUAAUAUUGCUGAUCAAUAUAAAGGAGCUGGAUAUGUUAUGACUGCUGCUGAAAACCCAAAAUUAAAUGCAAGAGUAGCUUUACGUUAUUCCUUAUUAAUGUUUCCAUUAUGCUUCGGUUUAAGUUAUUUCGAAAUUACCGACUGGGUAUUCCAAUUAGAUUCAGCGAUAGCAAAUUCCUGGUUAACCUAUUUGGCUUAUAAAUUUUGGAUGCAGAUUAAACUAAAUUAUACAAUCAACUCAAAGCCAACUGCUGAUGGAAUAGCUAUGGCGAAUAUUCACGCUAAGAAGUUAUUUUGGGGAUCAGUGUGGCACUUGCCAGCAGUUUUGAUUUUGGCAAUGCUACAUAAAAAAGGACAAUGGGAUAGGUUGUUGAUUUAUUUAGGCUUGAAGUCUCAAGAUGAUCGUAAACUACAGCCUUCCAAUAAUAUAGGAUUGAUAUAA